AAAUAAGACUGACAAACAAUCAUAGCGCUUUCUCAGCUACUCCUACUGAAAGUUCCAUAUGAGCAUCUCACUCAGUCAUCUGCCUGCUCUACCGUUUCAUCUCUAUACCUACUGUACUUCUAAGUGUGCACUGUACUUUGAAAAAGCGCCAUCUAUUAGUUAUUGCCAGAACGAGUGCGGAGGCUGCCUACAUCAAAGAGUAGUAUAAUAUAUGCCUACAUGUUGUUGCUAAACAAUGUACAGUUUUCAUAUUAGAAAUAUGACUUUUAUUUAUUCAUUAAUAGUUGUUGAUAAUAAUAACCAAGGCUAUAUAAUGGGCAUUCAUUUUAAAAACAUUUAUAUAAAAAGAUCUACAACACCUUAACAAAUAAACAACGUAUAAAACUUUGUCUUAAAUGGCUGAGUACUGCCAACCUAACCAGCUGAAUGUCAAAAUCACGAGUCCGUGUCCGUGAACGUCAAGUGAUUAGAUAAAGAAGUAAACAAUACAGUUUUUCUGCAUUUUGGACUUGAUAUUGUCUAAAUUCAGUUGCUGUACUUAAAAUUAUAUCUUUUCUAAAGUUUUGUAAAGAGAAAGUAGUGAAAUCUAUCGGAAAAUAAAGUGUUUCAGUGGUGAAAACAUGCCAUAGAUUUGGUUAAACAAUUUAGUAAAAAAUAUCCACAAAAAUAAGAGAUGAUCCAUAUAAAUGAUCUACCGUUAGAAUCUUUUCUUGAAAUACUAUCUAAAGCAGAUGGCUGUACGAUUGGAAUAUGCCGAAGAGUAAGUAAAAGUUGGAAAGAAAUAAUCGAUGGCACAGAUUUACUUUGGCAAGAAUGUUGCAAGAAAGAAUUCAAACACUCCUCUAUUAUCGCGAGAAGAAAGUCCGGAAAAGAUACCAGCUGGUACCAUAUCUACAAGAACCUAAAAACAUGGUCGAAUAUUUCGAAAAUUGAGAGUAAAAUGAGGGAGUUUUAUAAUUUUUCUCUGCACGAUAAAUGUCACGCAUUGGAAAUUGACAAUGGAAUUUUACCAUUAAAAGACGCCCGUGGAGUUGUCCUUUACGAUAUGAAUACUAUGAAAAACAUACCUGUCGUAGUACCUGAGAAAAACUGCCUGAAAGUUGCACAUAAUGAUUGUGCAUCCGCAAUUUUGAUAAAAUCUGGACUCUUAAUACAGAGAUCUGUUUCUAAUCCAAACUUCAUGUCUGAGGCGUUUUUCAAAGCUGAUAACUUUGUUUUAGCUGAGAAUGCGAUGUAUUUCUUUAAUAACCGAGACAUUUUCAAAUGUGAUUUAGGUCAUGAAAAUUUGUCUUCAAAAUUGAUUCUACAUUGCGACUAUGAUAUAAAAGUCAUGCAGUAUAACAGCAAUGUUUUAUACAUCUUUACCGAUUGUGGAAAUAUAGUAACGAUUGUAAAUGAACAGCUAGAUUCGGUCAAACCAAUCGCAGUACCACCAGAAUGGCUAAAGCAGGUUAAACAUAUAACAGCUAUCAAUGACAAAAACUAUGUUUGUUAUUCACGGAUCUUAUUCAAAAUAGAAACAGAUACAUAUAAGCAUUUGUACAUAGAGUUUCCUCCGAUAACUGCACUAUUCUUUUACGGAGAUAUAGUUUUGAUUGGCACAAAAAACAGUGAGAUCUUAUUAUACCGUCUGUCAAGCCAAAAGUAUAAGGUAACACCAAUUUUUGAGAGACUCGGAGCACUGCCGGAUGGGAAGUAUGCGGUACAACUAGAUGUUUGCGAGAGGAAAUCUGGACCAGUCAUUGUUGCUGCUACAUUUUUUGAGAUAUUCAUAUUUGAAUAUGACUUCUUUCCUAAUGACAAUGUGGACCGCACGAAGAAGACCUUCACCUCCAACAAGCUGUGCAUUUACAAGAGACUUCUCCGACUGAAGGACAGGUUGCAGUGCCAAUCAUUCAUUUAAACCAGCCAAAGAUUACUGAGGUGUGGAAAGUAGUGCAAAAUACUGUAUAGCGCAACACAUUGUCUUACAUCUUGAUAUGGUUAUCGCCAGGAGAGUUGAGGUGAAUGAUCACAGCUACACAGAGUGCUUAUCGCAUAAACAGUAGAAAAGGCCAAACGGGGGCUAUUAGCCGGGUCCACACAGAGCGAGCAUACGCGCGAGGCAAUUUCCUCGGCCGAGGCACGUCUACACUGGCCGGUUUGUGCUUGAGGACGUACGUGCUCGCUCGCUCGCUCUGUGUGGACCCGCCUAUUCAUUAGUAAUUAUCAUGUACAUUACAUGCAUAAGGGAGUACCUUCCAUAGCUUUGGCGUUUGAUCUAUUAGAUCAACGCCACUUUUUUAUAUUUACCAAUUUUAACUCAUAUCAGUAAAAGAAUACGGAUCAAAGUCAAAUGGCGUUCUAAAAGUUUUAAUUGUGUGCCAAAAGAUGGCAGUAAAUUUAAGUAGCUACAAAGUUUUCUUUGACAAUACUUCUCUAUUUAAAAUUUUCUAUAAUUCGUUUUUAUAUUCGUCUAUAAUUGUGACGUUUUCAAGAAAAAGGUACUACUUUGACGCUUACCAUAACGACGAAAGUUACUUGUAUCUUUAUACGAUCAAUCUAUCAGAGCGUCCUUAUGGCAAGCGACAUUGACCUAUUAUAUCUAUCGCACGCGCAUGUUGCUGUCCCGCCGAUGUGCUCGCUGUCAAUGUCACUACGAAUUUUUUUGUGUAACUUUCGAUAGGUGUUAGAACGUGUUUAAAGUCUACUCCAGACGGGACAAGCGUGGUCGGUGAAAAUCAAUUAACUAUAGUUCAAAUGAGUACCUUCGAGCUACACCGGCUUCCGACUCGUCCGACGGGAGGAGCCUAAACGAUAUCUUUCUGCCAUUUUUUGCGGGGGGAAACGUGCACACAGUCGCACUUCUCACUCACUACAUACAAAAUCCAAUCUGUAAAGAUGACAUAAAUAUAUAGAAAUGGACACAUGUCAAAGAUAAAUCUUGCACACCUCGAUCUCUUGUGUACGGGCGAGUCACAACACGCACCGCGCUAUGCCCAGUUGGGCAUGUGCUUCGGCAGAGGGGAAAUAGUGUGAAUGCCGACUCCCUUCCCGGUGUUGCUCGAAAGUUGUUAAAUUAUAGAUACAUAUAGGAAAGUGCCGGAAAUUAGUUCUGCAAAUACUUAUUUACUUAUUUCACUGGCUCAGUGACUCAAACAGGAUCUUGGCCUCUGACACAAGAGAGCGCCACUCUGCCCUAUCCGCACCACUUGGGUAUUCCGGGUUGAGUUUUGCAAAUAAGACUUAAAAGUCACUGGCCUAGAUUUUGACCUAACAGUAUUACUGUUGUGUUAUUUAAUUGUUAUAAUUAAAUUAUUUGGUUAUUAAUUUAUUUAGAUUUUUAAAUAUGUAUGUGUUCAAAGAAAUGCAUCUAACGGCCUAUGCACACCGCGAAUUUUUAAAUUCCUUCUACGAAUCAGUUUGUUUGCGUUUGUCGCGAUACAGACGCGAUGUUAACGCGCAGUAAACGCGCGUUUGUGUCGAUACAGAUGCAGAGGCAGACGAUACAUGCUGGCGCGUCUGCAUUGGUGAAGGUGUGCGAAGGUCUAUAAGCUGCGUCUGACUUGCGUGCGGAUCGCGUGUUUAAUACAAGCGCGCGUCGACGGCGCGUUAAAAAUUCGCGGUCUGCAUAGGCCCCAAAGGUUAGAGUUUAACCUUUUCGACGCCGUGUCAAACACAAAAGCUGUCACUCGGACGUCACGUCACCGAAGUGUCAAAAUUGAAAUUAAACUUUAUGCAUAUGCACGCAGGUCUAUGUCGCUCUGUGGUCUGUGACGGAUUAAUCGUCUUUUUUUUUUAAGAUUACGCCAGUCCCAUCGUACCUCGUUUCGUGCGGUUUAUGGCGUUGGACCUACGAUGCUGGUAUAUCCGUCAUUGGCGUCCAAAAGGUUAAUAUACAGGUUGGUCCAAAAAAUAGUAUUUUUUUACUGCGGCAUAUUGCUGGUAAUUUUAGCCAAGCCAAGGGAGUAUAUUUCAAGAUAGUACUUUUUGUUCUAGUUUAAUGAUUUUAGUUGUAAUUUUUACCUUUUGUAAAAGAUGUGAAAAAAAUAUAGCAAAAAAUAUUUAGGACUUAUUUUUGGGCCAAAAUAAUCAUACCACAUUAUUAUAACUCCACUCUCUAUUCUUAGAAAUGUGAUAGUUUUGUUAUUAAAUUAUGAGUUAGUUAUAAGGACUAAGUUGGUAUUAAAUGUUACCUAUUCACUAA